AUGAGUGGUGGGGGGUUUAGGGUUUCACCAAUCCCAAACAGCGUGAGGAAAACGAUCCAAAACAUAAAAGAGAUCACGGGUAAUCAUAGUGAAGAUGAGAUUUAUGCAAUGCUUAAAGAAUGUUCUAUGGAUCCCAAUGAAACCGCUCAGAGGCUCCUCCUUCAGGGUCCUUUCCGUGAAGUCAAAAGAAAGCGAGACAGGAAAAAAGAGAGUUUGAACAACAAAGAGUCUGCAGAGUCUCGGUGGAGAUCUGGUUCACAGGGAAGGGGGAGUAGGGGUGUCCGGGGGAAUUUCUCUCCUCGUUAUGCACAACAUGAGGCUGGUGGUUCUAAGAGUUCUGGUCCUGGGAGAGAUAAUGGAAUGAAUCAAAUCGCAGAGAAAGGCAGUGUUCAAUCCUCGUCAACCUCUCAGGAUACAAAAACGAAAGAACCUACUCUCGUAGCCAGCCCUGUACCUGUCAUGGCCAAUGGUCCUACUGGUGUAGUGGUUGAAACCUCCUCUGCACCUUCAAGAAAUGCUGCCAUUCAACCUCAAGAAAAUUCAUCUGUUGAUAACAAGGAGUUUGGAAGUGCACCAUCCCCUGUUGAUGCAAUAAACAAACCCACCAUUGCAUUUGGAAGUGGGGACAUGAGUGGGCAGCCUGCAGCAAGCUCUAGUGACUGCUUCUUGUCGACAGCUCCAGCAUCUUCAUCAGCAAUCUGCUUCUCGACUUCCGACCCUGUACUAGUUCCAUCUAGUGAUUCUCGACUCAUUGGCACUUUGGGCACAAUCAAACGCAAAGUGGGAAGCAACCGGGCUUCUACAGAACCAAAUGCUGUUAUUCCUACUGAAAACAAAUUAGCUUCUGCAGCUACUGAGAUCAGUAGCUCUUUCAUGCAAGGAAAGAUGCCAGGAAAGUCCUCUGGAGUGGUGAAAAAUCCACGGAGUGAGUUUGCCCAACCUUCAUCUACAGCAACCCAUGGUUCCUCUAUGAGUCGGCCUUCAUCCAAUUAUAGUGGCCGCUCGCAGCAAAUAAUAGGCCCUCAGAAAGUUGGGUCUAAUAAGGAGUGGAAACCAAAGCCAAUCAGCUCUAAUGUUGGGCAAGUUUCUGGAACAUCUGGUGCAUCUGAAGUUCCUACUUCACUUGAAGCCAAUGCUCAGUCUACUACUUCACUUGAAGCCAUUUCUCAGUCACAGCCUGUUUCAAGUGAUCUUGACUCAGAAGAAGCAACUUCAAAAUUGCGGAAGAAGCUGGAGGACUUACAUCUCCCACAACGUCAACAUGUUAUAAUUCCAGACCAUAUUCAUGUCCCUGAAUCUGAAAGAACCAAGCUGAGUUUUGGAAGUUUCGAUGCUAGUUUUGGAGUAACAUUGAGCUAUGUUGGCGGUCAAGAGAGUGGUAAGAGUUCCACACCAUUGUCUGAGACUUCUCAGGAUGUUGAUGAGAUCGCAGAGGAACAGGCUUCAAGCAAUCAAAAUGCAUUGGCAACCGCUGAGGAAGGAGAUUACACUGAUCAUCCACAGUCACCUGCACAUGCUCCUGAAAAUUUGUCUGGUGAUGGUGAUGUCCCCAGUUCCAUUCCAGAGUAUAAUGAAAACAAGCAGGAGAAUGCAUUGCCCUCUGUAGGUCAUCAAUUCUCUGUGGUCCAUACAUCUCCUAACUACAGUUUUGGAAUUAUGCCUCCUAUAUUAGCACCAUUUGAAAACGCUGAAUCUCAAGCACGUGAAGUUUCCCGUCUUUCAAGCUUGCCAUUUGAUCCAGCAUCUUAUUAUGCUCAAUUCUACCGUACAAGUGCUGAUGAUGAUGGUCGUAUUUCUCCCUUUCCUUCUGUUGGAGUUGCCACAAAAUACAAUGGGAGUGUUGCAGUACUUCCUCCACAGACUUCUCAGUCUCCUCAAGAGGGUGGAAACUCUUUGGUACUGACUACAGCAAGUCCAACUCCACUAGUGACUCAAGCUGCUGGGCUGAUGCAAAGUUCCAUAGCUGUGACUCAGCAACCAGUCCCUGUUUACCGCUCAGCAGCUGGGGUGCAUUUGCCACAUUAUCCUCCAAGCUACAUUCAAUAUGCCCCCUUUUACUCUCCUUUCUAUGUUCCUUCUCCUGCAAUCCACCAAUUUAUAAACAAUGGUGCAUUUCCUCAACAACCUCAAGCUGGUACUGUUUAUCCUUCUGCACCAGCAGCGCCUAAUUCAGGAGUCAAAUUUUCACUUCCUCAAUUUAAACCUGGAACCAAUACGGCGAAUUCUACUCAUAUUGGAAUGCCAAGCGGUUAUGGGCCAUAUGGCUCCUCCCCAGCUGGUUAUAAUCCCAGUUCUUCUGCAACAACUGGGAACUCAACCACUAAUGAGGAUCUCGGUGCAUCUCAGUUCAAGGAAAGCAAUGUCUACAUCACGGGGCAGCAGAGUGAAGGUUCAGCUGUAUGGAUUGCUCCCCCUGGUCGAGACAUAUCCAACCUGCCAGCAAGUUCAUUCUAUAACCUUCCCCCUCAGGGUCAGAACGUAACUUUUUCUCCAACACAGGUUGCUCCUGGCUCCUUUGCUGGUAUCUAUCAUCCACAAGCAGUAACAGCAGCAGCUGUUCAUCCUCUUCUACAACAGGCUCAGACUAUGGCUGGAGCUGUUGAUAUGGGGGGACCUGCUGCCAGUGUUUAUCAGCAGCCUCAACAUGCACAGAUGAACUGGCCUAGUUUUAAUGGAGGGGAGCGUCAAGAAGAUACAUCAUUGGCCAGAGUUGAGAAUGUAAAUCUGUUUGGGGAGGCCAGGAAAAAAUUGCCAGUAGUUUCUUCUAUUUGCUUGGGUUGAGAGCAUAAAGAAUCCAGUUCGACUGUAACUGAUAUUAACCGUUUAAAGUUAGUGAAGGUAGGCAUAUGGAGGUCGUUCUCUUGCUAUAUGGUGUUACCUAUUUUCCUUCUCAUAGUUUGAAGCCUUUGCCCCUCAUUUUUUUCCUUUUAAAAGUUUUUGAACUCUUAGAAUUUACUAUUGAGUAGUAAGAAUCUUUUCCAUUCUUUUACCCUUUAUUGAGGUUUAAGGGUCUUGGAAGGUAAGAUAUUGGUUGGUGGAGAGUUCUUUCCAAUUCCUUUCUUCUUAUCUUUCCUCUGUCUUAUCUGUAAAUUGAAUUUUGAUAGCAAGAAAAGGAUGUAUUGAACUGUUGUAAGUGGUAUAAGCAAAGGCCAACAUUUUCAAUUGUUUCACUUGAGACUUGACUAAUUUGUCCUUAAUGCUU